AUGUCAGCUGAGAAUGGUCAUACUGACGUCAUCGAACAUCUUAUCAGUCAAGGAGCUGAUGUGAAUAAGGAGCAAAAAGAUGGUUGGACAGCAUUACACCUGGCAGCUCAGAAUGGCCAUCUUGAUGUCACCAAACAUCUCAUCAGUCAAGGAGCUGAUGUGAAUAAAGAGCACAAGGAUGGUUCGACUGCAUUACACCUGGCAGCUCGGAAUGGUCAUCUUGAUGUUACCAAACAUCUUAUCAUUCAAGGAGCUGAUGUGAAUAAGGAGCACAAAUAUGGUUCGACUGCAUUACUCCUGGCAGCUCUGAAUGGUCAUCUUGAUGUUACCAAACAUCUCAUCAGUCAAGGAGUUGAAGUGAAUAGAGAGCACGAAGAUGGUUGGACUGCAUUACACGUGGCAGCUCAGAAUGGACAUCUUGAUGUCACCAAAAAUCUCAUCAUUCAAGGAGCUGAAGUGAAUAAAGGGAAUAAUAAUGGAGCUGAUGUGCAUAAAGGAAAUUAUGAUGGUGGUACUGCAUUGCACAUGUCAGCUGAGAAUGGUCAUACUGACGUCAUCGAACAUCUUAUCAGUCAAGGAGCUGAUGUGAAUAAGGAGCGAAAAGAUGGUUGGACAGCAUUACACCUGGCAGCUCAGAAUGGCCAUCUUGAUGUCACCAAACAUCUCAUCAGUCAAGGAGCUGAUGUGAAUAAAGAGCACAAGGAUGGAGUUGAAGUGAAUAGAGAGCACAAAGAUGGUUAUACUGCAUUACACCUGGCAGCUCAGAAUGGUCAUCUUGAUGUUACCAAACAUCUCAUCAAUCAAGGAGCUGAUGUGCAUAAAGGAAAUUAUGAUGGUGGUACUGCAUUGCACAUGUCAGCUGAGAAUGGUCAUAUUGACGUCAUCGAACAUCUUAUCAGUCAAGGAGCUGAUGUGAAUAAGGAGCACAAAGAUGGAGCUGAAGUGAAAAAAGAGCAGGAAGAUGGUUGGACUGCAUUACUCCUGGCAGCUAUGAAUGGUCAUCUUGAUGUUAUCAAACAUCUCAUCAGUCAAGGAGUUGAAGUGAAAAGAGAGCACAAAGAUGGUUAUACUGCAUUACACCUGGCAGCUCAGAAUGGUCAUCUUGAUGUUACCAAACAUCUCAUCAAUCAAGGAGCUGAUGUGCAUAAAGGAACUUAUGAUGGUGGUACUGCAUUGCACAUGUCAGCUGAGAAUGGUCAUAUUGACGUCAUCGAACAUCUUAUCAGUCAAGGAGCUGAUGUGAAUAUAGAGCAAAAAGAUGGUUUGAGUGCAUUACACCUGGCAGCUCAGAAUGGCCAUCUUGAUGUUACCAAACAUCUCAUCAGUCAAGGAGCUGAUGUGAAUAAGGAGCACAAAGAUGGUUCGACUGCAUUACUCCUGGCAGCUCUGAAUGGUCAUCUUGAUGUUACCAAACAUGUCAUCAGUCAAGGAGCUGAUGUGAAUAAGGAGCACAAAGAUGGUUGGACUGCAUUACACUUGGCAGCUCAGAAUGGCCAUCUUGAUGUCACCAAACAUCUUAUCAUUCAAGGAGCUGAUGUGAAUAAACGGAAUGAUAAUAGUAGUACUGCAUUACACGUGGCAGCUCGGAAUGGUCAUUUUGAUGUUACCAAACAUCUCAUCAGUCAAGGAGCUGAUGUGAAUAAGGAGCACAAAGAUGGUUCGACUGCAUUACACGUGGCAGCUCAGAAUGGACAUGUUGAUGUCACCAAAAAUCUCAUCAUUCAAGGAGCUGAAGUGAAUAAAGGGAAUAAUGAUGGAGUUGAAGUGAAUAGAGAGCACAAAGAUGGUUAUACUGCAUUACACCUGGCAGCUCAGAAUGGUCAUCUUGAUGUUACCAAACAUCUCAUCAAUCAAGGAGCUGAUGUGCAUAAAGGAAAUUAUGAUGGUGGUACUGCAUUGCACAUGUCAGCUGAGAAUGGUCAUAUUGACGUCAUCGAACAUCUUAUCAGUCAAGGAGCUGAUGUGAAUAAGGAGCACAAAGAUGGUUGGACUGCAUUACUCCUGGCAGCUCUGAAUGGUCAUCUUGAUGUUACCAAACAUCUCAUCAGUCAAGGAGUUGAAGUGAAUAGAGAGCACGAAGAUGGUUGGACUGCAUUACACGUGGCAGCUCAGAAUGGACAUCUUGAUGUCACCAAAAAUCUCAUCAUUCAAGGAGCUGAAGUGAAUAAAGGGAAUAAUAAUGGAGCUGAUGUGCAUAAAGGAAAUUAUGAUGGUGGUACUGCAUUGCACAUGUCAGCUGAGAAUGGUCAUAUUGACGUCAUCGAACACCUUAUCAGUCAAGGAGCUGAUGUGAAUAUAGAGCAAAAAGAUGGUUUGAGUGCAUUACACCUGGCAGCUCAGAAUGGCCAUCUUGAUGUUACCAAACAUCUCAUCAGUCAAGGAGCUGAUGUGAAUAAAGAGCACAAGGAUGGUUCGACUGCAUUACACCUGGCAGCUCGGAAUGGUCAUCUUGAUGUUACCAAACAUCUCAUCAGUCAAGGAGCUGAUGUGAAUAAGGAGCACAAAGAUGGUUCGACUGCAUUACACUUGGCAGCUCAGAAUGGCCAUCUUGAUGUCACCAAACAUCUCAUCAUUCAAGGAGCUGAUGUGAAUAAACGGAAUGAUAAUACUCAGAAUGGCCAUCUUGAUGUCACCAAACAUCUAAUCAGUCAAGGAGCUGAUGUGAAUAGAGAGUACAAAGAUGGUAGGACUGCAUUAAACUUUGCAGCUCAAGAAGGCCAUCUUGAUGUCACCAAGCAUCUUAUCAGUCAAGGAGCUGAUGUGAAUAGAGAGUACAAAGGUGGUGGGACUGCAUUUCAAAUUGCAGCUCAGAAUGGCCAUCUCGAUGUUACCAAAUAUCUUAUUAGUCAAGGAGCUGAUGUGAAUAGAGAGUACAAAGGUGGUAGGACUGCAUUGCACAUUGCAGCUCUAGAAGGCCAUCUUGAUAUCACCAAACAUCUCAUCAGUCAAGGAGCUGAUGUGAAUAAAGGGGAUAAUAAUGGUAGAACUGCAUUGCACAUUGCAUCUCAGAAUAGUCAUCUUGAUAUCACCAAACAUCUCAUCAGCCAAGGAGCUUAUGUGAAUAGAGAGUGUAAAGGUGGAUGGACUGCAUUGCACAUUGCAGCUCUAGAAGGCCAUCUUGAUAUCACCAAACAUCUCAUCAGUCAAGGAGCUGAUGUGAAUAAAGGGGAUAAUAAUGGUAGAACUGCAUUGCACAUUGUAUCUCAGAAUGGUCAUCUUGAUAUCACCAAACAUCUCAUCAGUCAAGGGGCUGAAAUUAAUAGAAGGAACUAUGCCGGUUGGACUGCAUUGCACAUUGCAGCUCAGAAUGGACAUCUUGAUGUCACCAAAUAUCUUAUCAGUCAAGGGGCCGAUGUGGAUAAAGGGAAUAAUAAUGGUAGAACUGCAUUGCACAUGGCAGCUCUUGAAGGCCAUCUUGAUAUCACCAAACAUCUCAUCAGUCAAGGAGCUGAAGUAAAUAGAGAGGGAAAAGAUGGUAGGACUGCAUUACACAUGGCAGUUCAGAAUAGACAUCUUGAUGUCACCAAGCAUCUCAUCAGUCAAGGAGCUGAUGUGAAUAGAGAGCUUAAAAGAGGAUGGACUGCAUUGCACAUUGCAGCUCAGAAUGGUCAUCUUGAUACAACCAAAUAUCUUAUCAGUGAAGGGGCCGAUGUGGGUAAAGGGAAUAAUAAUGGUAAAACUGCAUUGCACAUUGCAGCUCUGAAUGGUCAUCUUGAUAUCACCAAACAUCUCAUCAGUCAAGGGGCUGAAAUUAAUAGAAGGAACGAUACCGGUUGGACUGCAUUGCACAUUGCAGCUCAGAAUGGACAUCUUGAUGUCACCAAAUAUCUUAUCAGUCAAGGGGCCGAUGUUGAUAAAGGGAAUAACUAUGGUAGAACUGCAUUGCACAUUGCAGCUCAUAAAGGCCAUCUUGAUAUCACCAAACAUCUCAUCAGUCAAGGGGCUGAAAUUAAUAGAAGGAACGAUACCGGUUGGACUGCAUUGCACAUUGCAGCUCAGAAUGGACAUCUUGAUACAACCAAAUAUCUUAUCAGUGAAGGGGCCGAUGUGGGUAAAGGGAAUAAUAAUGGUAAAACUGCAUUGCACAUUGCAGCUCUGAAUGGUCAUCUUGAUAUCACCAAACAUCUCAUCAGUCAAGGGGCUGAAAUUAAUAGAAGGAACGAUACCGGUUGGACUGCAUUGCACAUUGCAGCUCAGAAUGGACAUCUUGAUGUCACCAAAUAUCUUAUCAGUCAAGGGGCCGAUGUUGAUAAAGGGAAUAAUUAUGGUAGAACUGCAUUAUACAUUGCAGCUCAGAAUGGCCAUCUUCAUGUCACCAAACAUCUCAUCAGUCAAGAUGCUGAAGUGAAUAGAGAGCACGAAGAUGGUUGGACUGCAUUACACGUGGCAGCUCAUAAUGGUCAUAUUGACGUCAUCGAACAUCUUAUCAGUCAAGGAGCUGAUGUGAAUAAGAAGCAAAAAGAUGGUUUGAGUGCAUUACACCUGGCAUUUUUGAAUGGCCAUCUUGAUGUUACCAAACAUCUCAUCAGUCAACGAGCUGAAGUGAAUAGAGAGCACAAAGAUGGUGGGACUGCAUUACACGUGGCAGCUCAGAAUGGCCAUCUUGAUGUCACCAAACAUCUCAUCAGUCAAGAUGCUGAAGUGAAUAGAGAGCACGAAGAUGGUUGGACUGCAUUACACAUUGCAGCUGAGAAUGGUCAUAUUGACGUCAUUGAACAUCUCAUCAGUCAAGGAGCUGAUGUGAAUAAGGAACGCAAAGAUGGUUCGACUGCAUUACACCUGGCAGCUCAGAAUGGCCAUCUUGAUGUCACCAAACAUCUUAUCAUUCAAGGAGCUGAUGUGAAUAAAGGUCAAGGAGCUGAAGUGAAUAGAGAGCACAAAGAUGGUGGGACUGCAUUACACGUGGCAGCUCAUAAUAGUCAUAUUGACGUCAUUGAACAUCUAAUCAGUCAAGGAGCUGAUGUGAAUAAGGAACGCAAAGAUGGUUCGACUGCAUUACACCUGGCAGCUCAGAAUGGCCAUCUUGAUGUCACCAAACAUCUUAUCAUUCAAGGAGCUGAUGUGAAUAAAGGGGAUGAUAAUGUUAUUACUGCAUUACACCUGGCAGCUCAGAAUGGUCAUCUUGAUGUUACCAAACUUCUCAUCAGUCAAGGAGCUGAUGUGAAUAAGGAGCACAAAGAUGGUGGGACUGCAUUACACGUGGCAGCUCAGAAUGGUCAUAUUGACGUCAUCGAACAUCUUAUCAGUCAACAAGCUGAUGUGAUUAAGGAGCAAAAAGUUGGUUUGAGUGCAUUACACCUGGCAGCUCAGAAUGGCCAUCUUGAUGUUACCAAACUUCUCAUCAGUCAAGGAGCUGAUGUGAAUAAGGAGCACAAAGAUGGUUCGACUGCAUUACACUUGGCAGCUCAGAAUGGCCAUCUUGAUGUCACCAAACAUCUUAUCAUUCAAGGAGCUGAUGUGAAUAAAGGGAAUGAUAAUGGUAGUACUAAAUUACUCCUGGCAGCUCUGAAUGGAGCUGAAGUGAAUAGAGAGCAGGAAGAUGGUUGGACUGCAUUACACGUGGCAGCUCAGAAUGGUAAUAUUGACGUCAUCGAACAUCUUAUCAGUCAAGGAGCUGAUGUAAAUAAGGAACAAAAAGAUGGUUGGACCGCAUUACACGUGGCAGCUCAGAAUGGACAUCUUGAUGUCACCAAAAAUCUCAUCAUUCAAGGAGCUGAAGCGAAUAAAGGGAAUAAUAAUAAUAAUACUGCAUUAUACAUUGCAACUCGGAAUGGACAUCUUGAUAUUAUCAAACAUCUCAUCAGUCAAGGGGCCGAUGUGGAUAAAGGGAAUAAUAUUGGUAGAACUGCAUUGCACAUUGCAGCUCAUGAAGGCCAUCUUGAUAUCACCAAACAUCUCAUCAGUCAAGGAGCUGAUAAUGGUCAUCUUGACGCCACCAAACAUCUUAUCAGUCAUGGAGCUGAUGUGAAUAAAGGGGAUAAGACAAGUCGUACUCCAUUUCACAUAGCAGUUUACAAUGGCCAUUUCGAUAUCAUCAAAUAUCUCAUCAGUCAAGGAGGUGAAGUGAAUAGAUUGAACAAUACCGGUUGGACUGCAUUACAUUAUGCAGCUAGGAAGGGGCAUGUUGAAAUCGCCACAUAUCUCAUCACCAAAGGAGCUUAUAUGAGCAAAAGGGAGGUUACAGGUCAGACUGCAUUACAUAUUGCAGCUGAGAAUGGACAUAUUGAUAUCACAUCAUACCUUAUUAGUAAAGGGGUUGAGGUAAAUGAAGCAGGAAAGCGUGAUAGGACUGCAUUACACCUUACGGUGCAGAAUGGCCAUCUAGAUGUCAUGAAAUACCUCAUCAAUCAAGGAGCUGACGUGAAUAAGGGGGAUAACACAGGUUUGACUGCUUUACACAGUGCUGUUGAGGAAGGCCAUCUUGAUGUCGUUAGAUAUCUCAUCAGUCAUGGUGCAGAUGUGAAUAAAGGUGAUAGAACUGAUUGGAGUGCAUUACACAGUGCAGUCAAUAGUGGUCAUAUUCAUAUCAUCAAAUACCUCGUUAGUCAAGGAGCUAGUUUGAAUAAAGGUGAUAAUACUGGCUGGACUGCAUUGCACAUCGCAGCUCUGAAUGGCCACCAUGAUAUCACCAAAUGUCUCAUCAGUGAAGGUGCUGACGUAAAUAUUCAACAUGACACUGGACGAACUGCAUUACAUUUUGGGUGUGAGAAUGGUUAUCUAGAUAUCACUAAAUAUCUCAUAGGUCAAGGAGCUAAAGUGAAUAGAGGAGAUAAGACUGGCUUGACUGCUUUACAUCUUGCAGCUGCGAAUGGACACCUUGAUGUCACCAUGCAUCUAGUUAACCAAAGAGCUGAAGUGAAUGAAGAAGAUAAUGAUGGUCACACUUCACUGCUGUUUGCUGUCCAGAAUAGCCAUGUUGAAGUCAUUGAAUAUCUGAUAGGUCAAGGAGCUAAAGCCGACAGGGAAAUCGCUGAUGGUUGUGCAAAAGUACUCUCUACUGUGCCGGAUUGUCGCCCAAAUAUCGGUCCCGUUCUAUUGGCACGAGGAGCGCGUCUUGAACUAGACGGCAUCCACGGAACGACCUCCCGAGGACUGUCGUUGCGGUUUGGGUAUGAACAAAUCGCUGGGAUUCUAGCCACGUGUUCCCCAUCCGAGGUAAGCUCUUUAUACUGA